AUGAUUGGCUUCAGAGCUGGCCUCUCAACACACGAUGCCAGGAAGCUUAUAAAGCGUCAGAUAAUCGACCACAGCACAGGGGAAUUCAGAGCCAUCAUUGGAUUAGACCUGGACAAGGCUUUCGACAACGUUUCUCACGAAUUCAUUUUCCAGUCUAUUGCCAGCCUGGGGCUAGGGAAGAGGGUCUAUGACUUCGUGAGAUCCUUUGUUUGCCCGAGGACUGCCAAGCUCAAGAUCGAAGGGUACUUCUCACGAGAGAUCAACCUUGGUUCAAGCGGCACGCCUCUGGGCACAGUUAUAUCAUCAACACUAUCAGCGUGA